CAAUACAAAAUUGUUCGCCCACAUGGGAGAAAUAUCGUAAAUAUUGCUGAAAAUUUCGGCCGGUGAAACUUUUUUCCAUUUUAAUUGCAAGGAUGGAAGUUUCGGAGGCCUGUCUGCUUGCGUAUUGAAAAAUGAGCUAUCGAAUUCUCGUCUGGUGGCGGGGUUUGCCCCGCAGAACCCUCUACAGUCAAACCGGACAAUGGGAAAAAUUGAGCUUGGAUGUUAAGAGGAAGAUCGAGUCUACCUGGAGACCGAUCGUGCAAGCCGUAGCCGCCAAAAAGAGUCCAAAUCCUCAGGGCAAAAUGUACUGCUUGGCGAUGUUUCCGUACCCGUCCGGAAAUCUACACAUUGGCCACGCCAGGGUCUACGCCAUUUCGGACACGAUGGCCCACUUUCAUCGGAUGAACGGAAAAUACGUGAUUCAUCCCAUGGGAUGGGAUUCCUUCGGCCUCCCUGCAGAAAACGCAGCCAGGACGCACAAAGUGGACGCAAGAGAGUGGACGGUGGGGAAUGUGUCCAGAAUGCGAGAGCAGCUGGACAACAUGGGCUUCUGCUUCGACUGGGACAGGGAAGUGUCCACCUGCGAGCCAGAAUACUACAAAGGCAGCCAGCAGAUUUUCCUUGAGCUCUUCAAAAGGGGUCUUGCGUACAGGGGCAAGUCGACUGUCAAUUGGGAUCCGGUGGACGAAACGGUCCUCGCGGACGAGCAGGUCGAUCAAAACGGCUUCUCUUGGCGCUCGGGUGCAAAGGUCGAAAGAAAGGAAUUGACGCAGUGGUUUGUCAAAACAACAAUAUUUUCAGAGCGUCUUUUCAGUGGACUGGAAAGUCCACAAUUGGAAGACUGGGAGAACGUAAUUAAAAUACAGAAACACUGGAUUGGAAAAUGUGACGGGUAUUUUGUUGAUGCCGAAACUCAAAGUGGCGAGAAAUUAAAAAUUUGGACUUCGUCGCCAGAAGACGCGGGUUUGUUUGUUGCUGUGCGAAGAACACACCCUCUGUGUUCCGAGAGAAAAAUCGUCAAAGACUGUUUUUUGGACACAAAUGUGGUCCACCCUUUGCACAAGAACAUUCUUCCAGUCAUAAUCUUCGACAGAAAUGAGUUCAAAAAGGAUGAUGUUGCCUAUCUCGGGGUAGCCUCGUCUGAGGAAGAUCGAGAGAUUGCCUUUUCCCUGGGACUGUCAACACCACCCUCUACCAAUAUGUCCAAGGAAGAAGCAAUUAAAACCAUCAAAGAAAGAGGACUUGGUGAUGGAGUCCCCGUGAGUCACCAUUUGCGAGAUUGGCUCGUGUCAAGGCAGAGAAGGUGGGGCACUCCGAUCCCCAUAGUUCUGUGUCCCAGUUGCGGGCCACAACCUGUUCCUGAGGAGGAACUUCCUGUCUUGGUGCCACCGUCCAACAUGGAUCUCAACACGUGGAAGCAGAAAAGCUGCCCAAAAUGCGGAGGAGCAGCAGAGCGUGAGACUGACACACUGGACACAUUUGUCGACUCGUCUUGGUACUUUUUGCGCUUUUUGGACCCCAAGAACUGUGAAAAACCAUUCGAUCCUGCUAAGGUCAACGCCAUGAUGCCUGUUGAUCUCUACGUUGGGGGACUAGAGCAUGCUGAACUGCACUUGUAUUACGCUCGGUUCAUGGGUCACUUCCUUCACUCGAUCGGCUGGUUAGAUCGACCUGAACCCUUCAGCCGCCUUCUUAUGCAAGGCAUGAUUAUGGGCAAGAGUUACAGGGUGAAAAACUCUGGCAAAUACCUUCGAGCCGACCAAGUGGACACCUCAGGUGUGAAAUUUUUUAGCAAGGUUCAGUGCGAUUUUACAUUUCCCUCGACAGGAAAAGAGCCCGUGGAGUUUGGGACGGGAGCUGCGAUUGUGGAAACGUGGGAAAAAAUGUCCAAGUCAAAGUUGAACGGAGUCAGCCCGGAGGAGGUGGUGCAAGAAUUGGGCUGCGACGCCACUCGACUUGCGAUUCUGGUACAGGUGGCACCCACCUCGCACAGAAAAUGGUCAUCGGAAACUUACAAGGGAAUCAUCAAUUGGCAAAAAAAGAUUUGGAUAUCUAUGAAUGACUUUCUGGAGCAAAGGAAGAGGCAGGAUGUGCCAAUGAGUGAUGAACUCUCGGCUGAACUUGCCAAGGAGGAGGAGCGCCUUUGGGAUGCUCGUAAUUACUGCCUCUCUAGCACCACCUAUCACAUGAGUAAAAUCGAACUACAUCUAGCUAUAUUAGGAAUGCAAGGCUUGACAAACAGCUUAAGAAGAACGCCAAAAAAGCUGAUAACCUUAUCGACUCAGUUCCAACGAGCGCUUGCUUUGCAACUUAUUUUGAUUGCCCCCUUUGCUCCUCACUUUGCGUCGGAGCUUUGGGCGGUUCUUGCCUUGGCCACUUCGAUAAAAACAAAUGAAUUUGAUUGGAGCAAGUCUGUCUUGGAGCAGAGGUGGCCAAAGUUGGAUGCUGAGUAUAAACUUGACCUUUUUAUUUAUUUGAACGACAAGGAGGUGGUAACGUUUAAACUGACCCAGGAGGAGUUUCGUAAUAUCAAAGAAAGUGAAGUUCUAGAACUUGCUCUAGGAAAUGAUCGGUUUAAAAACUUGCUGGGCAGCUGGGAAGUGAAGAAAAUUUUAAUGUACACACACCAAGAUUAUUAUAUAAAAGCCUUUAUCACCUCGAUCCGAACUGACAAGGAUUGUGCAGCAGGAAAGCAAACAAAGGAAUUAGGCAGUGACAAUGAAAACAAAGAAGCUAAAAGGAAUUUAUAGUAAAGAGUGAAUGUGGAGUACGAAAGAAAAAUUUGGGAAAAUGUUAACAAAAUGAGGCAGUUUAUUUAAGCAAAUAUUUCAUUUUCUUAAAAAAAACAAUAUUUAUACAAAAUACAUACAAAAAGAAUUAUGCAUUAUAUUAAAUUUGGUAAAAUUGAAUCAAGUUGUCAGUUUUGCCAACCAAACUACGAAAACCACUUUUAGUUUUAAUUAAAUCUAUUAUGGAAGUUGAAAUUGUGACAAAAAAAUAUAUUGUUAACGUAAGCAAUUUA